AUGUCUGUCCCGCGCGCAAUUCGCAAGGUCUUCCUAGCGGUCGAACAGGCCGAAGGAGCUGGAGCUAGGGUUAGGAGAAGCGUAGGAACGCCGCAAUUACGGAACUUCUCGCCCUUCCUAAUGCUAGACCACUUCAGCAUCAAACCCGGCGCAGGCUUCCCAGACCACCCACAUCGCGGCCAGGAAACCAUUACGUAUCUGCUAACGGGGGGUGUCGACCACGAGGAUUUCGCCGGUCACGCUGGUACCAUCGAGGCCGGUGACCUGCAGUUCAUGACAGCCGGCCGGGGCAUUAUGCACGCCGAGAUGCCGCGCCAAAACCCGGACGGCAGCGCGAACGUCGGUUUACAAUUAUGGGUUGAUCUACCCGCCCACCUUAAAGCUUGCGAACCCCGAUACCGCGAUCUAAAGAAGGACGAAAUUCCGAGCGCCGAAUUGGACGGCGGCAAGGUUCGCAUCAAAGUUAUAUCGGGACAAGCCGGUGGCGUUGAAAGCCUGAAGGAACUGGCUUAUACCCCGGUUUGGUUGCUCGACGUGGAAAUGCAGCCGGGUAGCAAGUUGGCUCAACCUCUCCCGAAGGGCUGGAAUGCCUUCUCGUACCAGCUAGAGGGAUCCGCCGUGUUUGGCUCCGGCGACAAGAAGCAGACGGUCGCGCAGUAUCACAACUGCGUAUUCGAGCCGGACGGCGACGUGGUGAAUGUCGAGGUACCCGAGAGCGCAAAGGAAAACGCGCGCUUCGUCAUAGUUGCCGGCCAGAUCCUGAAUCAGAAGGUUGUCCAGUACGGCCCGUUCGUGGCGAACUCCCCCGAAGAUGUGCGACAGGCGUUGAUAGAUUACCAAUUCCAUAUGAACGGGUUCGAGAGGGCCAAAGACUGGCAGAGCGAGAUCGGAAAGACAAUGGUUGGCUGA